AUGUCCUCCCCCGCCGUGAGCAAAGCACCCCAAAAGUUGGGCUCCAAGGCCGGAACCCCCGCCAAAGCCCGCAAAGGCUCCGACUCCAGCGCAGCCAGCAAACCCAGCACCGCCGCCGCAAGCCCAAAAGCCACAAAGAAGUCAACCACACCCCGCAAACUCUCCCAGAAAGCCCCCGAACCACUCGACGACGACAUCGAAGAGCAAUCCGUCCCAGAGACACCCUCCCCAAAGUCGAAGAAGCGCACCGAGCAGCGCCGUCCCACCUCCCCACCAGACGAUGCCGCUUCCCAGGCGCCUUCCGCCUCCGGCUCCGCAGCCCCCCUCGGCCGUGCCUCCGGCCUGACCGGUAAGGGCCUCGCCGGCAAGACGAAGGAGACAGCCCAGCAGGGUUCCGAGAGUGUCCAGAAUGGUGCUAAAAAUGCCACCGAGUCUGCCACCGAUAACCUUCCUGUGCCGUUUGACCUGUCUGCAUUGAAGGGUCUUGACGUCGGCGAAGGCGGGGAUAUCCUCGGACAGGACGGGACACCCAUUGGCAAGGUUGUCGAGGGGGAUGCGGAGGAUCUCGUCGGACAGACUGUCGGCGAUGACGGGGAGAUUCUCGAUGAGGAGGGCGAUUUGAUUGGUCGCGUCGAUAUCCUCCACGAGGUCGCGGACCAGGCUAAGAAUUCCGCCGAUGAUGCUCAGCAGAACGUCGGACAGGUUAAUCUGGAGAAUGUUGUUACCGAUAUCGCUCAGCUUGAAGGGCUUCCUGUUUCUGAUGGCGGUGUUAUCAAGAACACUGCUGGUCAGAUUGUCGGCCGGAUUGUUGAGGGGGACCCUGAAGACCUUAUUGGGUAUACCCUCAAUGAGGACGGUGAGAUCGUUGAUGAAGAGGGGGAUGCCAUUGGUCGUGUUGAUUUGAUUCCUGUUGAGGAGCAGAAGAAGGCCAUUGAAGGGGCUUCUGGCGAUGUCACUGACAAGGUCGGUGGUGCUAAGGACGAUCUUGAGGAUCAGUAUGAAGAUGCUCAGGAUGGCCUUUCUACCGAUCAGGGUAAGAGCGCCGUUAGUGGUGCGGCUGAGGAGGUUGAAGAUGAUGUCUCCGAUGUCGAAGGGAAUGCCGACAAGGCUAAGUCUACUGCCGAAGAUGCCGUCGUCGACGCCGAAGACGCUACUGAUGCCGUAGAUGGCACAGUCGACGAUGCUAAGGACACCGCCGAAGACCCCAAUAAAGACGCCUCGGAUGCCCUCAAUGAGAAGGUGGGAGGUACCAAAGACACUGCCGAAGAUACCACCAAAGAGGCCAAGGACACCACCGAAGACGCGGCUGAAGACGCACAGGAGACCGCCGAGGAUGCUGCCGAGGAUGUCGAGAAGCAGGUGCCUGGCCUCGAAACCCUCGAAGGUAAGGUCUGCAACAAGCUCGGCUACAUCAUCGACAAAGCUACCGGCAAGCCUGUUGGCCAAUUAACCGAAGGCGACCCGAAGAAACUGUCUAAGCUCGGCGCAACACUCGACGACAAGGGCCAGUUCUGGGACAACCGCGGCAACGUGAUCGGCCAAGCGAAGACGCUCCCGAUCGAGGAGGACGAAGGCCAAGAAGGGCCGUUCUCCGGUCUGGAAGGCCUAGUCGUCGGUGAAGACGGGUUCGUCGAAGACGAGAACUCGAACCGCGUUGGUCGCCUGAUCGAAGGUGAUGCGAAGAAACUGAGCGGCCGUGGCGUUGACGAGGAUGGCGAGGUCCUCGACCGUAAGGGUAACGUCAUUGGGCGCGCUGAGCGCCUUGAACCCGAGGAGGAAGAGACUGGACCUGAUUUCUCUGCGGUUAAUGGGCUCUCAUGCAACAAGGCUGGGUAUGUCAUCGGACCCGAGGGGUAUCCGAUUGCCCGUGUUGUCGAGGGAAAUCCCAAGGAGCUUGCCGGUAAGAAGAUCGAGGACGGCGAGAUCUACGACGGGAAGAAAGUCGUUGGCCGUGUUGAGCUCAUUCCCGACGAUGAGAUCGAGAGCAAGCCGGAGGGUCCCUUCGCCGGUAUGGAGAGCCUGUUUGUGACCAAAGAUGGGUUCGUCGAAGAUGACGAGGGAUCAAUUGUUGGUAAGCUUAUUGAAGGUGACUCCAAGAAGCUGCGUGGUCGAGCUGUCGACGAGGAUGGCGAGAUCACCGAUAAGUACGGCAAUGUCAAAGGUCGUGCUGAGCCCUACGAGCCUCCCCAGGAGGAAGCCCCUACCGAGGAAGACUUGUCUAUCCUGGAGGGCAAGGUUGUCAACAAGGCUGGAAACGUUGUUGACCCCAGCACUGGUGCAGUGGUCGGACGCAUUGUCGAAGGUGAUAAGCGCCUCGCUGGAUGCAAGGUCGACGGCAAGGGCCAGAUCUGGGGUGACAAUGGCAAGAUUGUUGGACGUGCCGAGCUCAUCCCUGGGGCUGAGCAGGACAAGGCUGAAGGACCAUUCUACGGAUUCGACAACGCUGUCGUCGGCAAGGACGGGGUCGUGCAGGACGGCGAGAAAAUCGUCGGACGUCUGAUUGAAGGAGACGCUAAGCGCCUCCUCGGCCGCAAGGUUGACGAGGAUGGUGACGUCCUCGACAAGAACGGCAACACGAUCGGUAAGGCUGAGCGCUGGGAGCCCGAGGAGAAGAAGCGUGAUGUCAACCCCAUGUCUGGGCGGAAGAUCACCAAGGAAGGCGAAGUCCGCGAUGCGGAUGGCAACCUUAUUGGCAAGCUGACCUCGGGUAACCUUGCCACGCUGAUCGGCAAGACCGUCGACGACAAUGGCUAUGUUGUUGACAACGAUGGUAACAAGAUUGGCGAAUGCACCUUGCUUGAGAACAUUCCCGAGCCUGAGGCCGAGGAGGAGGAAGAGGCAGGACCCACGCCCGAAGAGCAGGAGGCUGCAGCGAAGGCCGAGUCCGACCGCCAGCUCGCGCAGAAGAUGAUCUCCAUCCUCAGCCAGACUCUCGAUCAAGUCAAGCCUGUUUGCAAACAGAUCACCGAGGCCUGCGAGAAAGCCGAUCGCACCCCGAAGGACGAACUUGACGAGGAGAAGCUUGUCCAAACGGUCAAGCCGCUCCUCGAAGAAGGAGGGCGCAUUCUGCAAGAGUGCAAUGGAGCCAUCCGUGCACUCGACCCCGAUGGACGGGUUGCCGCGACAGCUAAGGCACGCGCUGCUUCCCGUGAUGCCACUCCCGAGGAAUACCAGCUUGCCGACAUGAUUAAGGAGCUGACUGAGACGGUCAUCAAGACCAUUGACAACGGCAAGAGACGCAUCGCUGAUAUGCCUCAUGCUAAGAAGAAGCUCAGCCCCCUCUGGGGUCUUCUCUCUGAACCAUUGUUCCAGAUCAUCGCUGGCGUUGGUUUGUUGCUGAACGGCGUGCUUGGACUGGUUGGUCGUCUGCUUGAUGGUCUUGGUCUUGGUGGGUUGUUGAAUGGUCUGCUUGGCAGCCUUGGAUUGGACAAGUUGAUCAAUGGACUUGGUCUGGGCAGUUUGACUGAUGCUCUUGGACUGGGAAAGAAAUGA